AACAAGAGCACGAUAUUGAUGCAAGGACACCGAUUUUCCUUAUUGUUCAAACUCAAUCACAGAGAGAUUUUGCUUACACUGACCAGAAAUGAAAUGAUCGGCGUGUAAACAACAUAUUAAUUAAAGCAAGCGGUGGAGUAAAAACAAUUUACGUCAACGGCAGCUGUCGUGUUCGCAAACAAGAACUUUUGCUCCGGCGUUUCUUGUGGGUUCUACACCGCAGCUAAGAAACGCAAGGUCAAAAAUCGGCUUAAGUUGACCAUGGCAAGUUCUCCGUGCAAACUGCCCAUCGGAUCUGCUGGCGAGAUCUUGGCAAUGGUUGUUUACACCUCGCUCGCUAUUGGCGGUUCGCUGGGCAAUAUCUUGAUAAUUCUCGUGAUCUACCGCACCCCACGUUUGAAAACUGUCUGCGGGGUCUUAAUAGCAAACAUGGCCGUAGGUGACCUGAUGAUAACGUCAAUAGUCAUGCCUAUUCUGGUUUUUACGCUAGUUCAAGGGUUUUUAAAACAGUGUUUUUACGACACGGCGAUCUACAUUGCCUUCGUGAUUGCGCUUUUUUCAGGCGCUGCUUCGCUUUUGACGCUUACUGUCCUCAGUGUGGACCGUUGCUUCGCCAUCUGCAGACCGAUGAAGCACAAGGUGAUUGUCACGCUAAAAAAAGUCAAAAUUAUUAUCGCGAAAACGUGGGUGGAGUCCCUGUUUCUCCCAGUUGUAGAGCUUUUCUACCGUGAUUCGGCUCCGGCAAAGUAUAUUCAAACUCUUGGAGUCAUCGGCUGUUAUGCUAUAAUCCUUGUAAGCGGAGUUCUUACGAUCAGAAAUGUGCGCGCCAGUUCUUCGCGUAUAGCCACCAUGCACAGCCACCAAGGAAGAUCUCGCAUGACCGCAGAACUAAGCCAAAGGAACAAACAGGUCGCAAAAACGAUGGCAGUGGUCGUCACCCUCUUCACUCUGUGUUGGAUACCCAUCGCGUUUGUCAUUAGCGUAAAAGUCCCGGACCCCCAAGGCAGAAUAUUCUUCUGGUUUGCAAUGCUUGGCCUGGCCAACUCCUCUUUGAAUCCGUGGAUUUAUUUCUAUCGGCGGUUAAACUACAGAGAGGCGUUAAAAAUUUUGAUUGGAUACAAGAAAUCUUUAUCUAAUAAUAAGGUUAUUGCCCGUCCUAGUAAUGAAACGCUGGAAACUAAGUGAGAAUAGCAACGCCCAACUUCAAAACUCCUUUGUCAUGGAGAAAAACAGUUUUAGUUGACAACGUUCUUAAUUGGACUUCUUCUUCUUCUUCUUCUUCUUCUUCUUCUUCUUCUUCUUCUUCUUCUUCUCCUUGAAGCCAUUUUAAACCAAGCACUACAUCAAAUAAUUCCUAUACAUGACCAAGACUUUAACUAGCCAUAGAAGACCUUUUCAAAAAAACGAUACAAAAAAAGUUGUUUUACUAUAAUAUUGGAUUCGUAUUCAAAAUUAUUUUAACUGUUUUUAUCGAUCAUGUUUGAUUAACGGGUGAUCGUGAUAGCAAGUCACGAUUUGUAGUGGGUGAUCAGAUUAUUUGUUUUUAGCAGUGCUUAGCAAUACACGCGGCUUUCAGUUUUUAGAACUGUAGAUUGAUACAAACUAUUAUCGCCCCCAAUAAGUUGACAGAAGAGAGUUUAAGGAACUAAGAGGGCGACUCCGAGGAAAACGUCGAUUUAAAAUAUUACUUUAUAUUUUACCUACGAACCUCGCGAUACUCGAAAGUCAUUGAGUUUGUU